CUCACAUUGUGUUGUAGCUCAGAAACAAGUGGAUGGAAACGUCAAGUGACGCGCGCGUGACAAGUCUUAGCCUGGUUUUUGAUUAUUUAUUUUUAAUCCUAAUUUUCGUAUAAAUUGUGGUGUUGUGUUUUUGUUGGAGAAAAAAUAACGCAAAACAGGUGUUUUAUUGAUUUAACCGCGAAUUUCUUUCAUAUACGAGGAUGCCGAAAAUUGUUUAUACCGUUUCUUGAAUUCAGAUACAGAUAAAUACAGGGUGUCCCACGACGACUUAAAACUAUCUGUAUAUGGCAAAAUUCUACUUAUAGUAGAAUGAUGAAAAUUUCUACGUUUGGUUUUUCGGAUACGAUCUUUUUAACUAAAGUAUUUUCAAAGAUGGCCGACUUCCGGUUCUACCGAUUGUUCUAAUUGUAACUUUGUUAUUUUAUAUGGAACACCCUGUAUAUUAAUACAUUUUUCAAAUCUUCGUAAAAUUUUAGUAUACUUUUGUCUAAAAAAAUUGCAUACUUUUUGAGUUAUCAAUUUUUUUGUAAAAAAUUUGACUGUUGCAGCAAGGUCAGACGUAUUUGAAUCUAUGUUGAGAAAUUUUUCAUUUUAUACAGGGUGUGUAUAAAAAGUGUUCAAAGUUUAACUUCAUCUUUAUCUGAUUUUAUGACUAUUUUUGUUAUUGUCUCCCAUUUUGUAGUGAAAAAAUUGUUAAUAACGUAAAUUUUCGUUCAAAAAACAUUUCAAGUCUUCCAGGAUGUCCCAAACGUAGUUAACAAAAUCACAUAGACAUAUUAGAGGAAUGUCACGUAUAAAUAUAUUCGAAUCACCCUAUAUAAUGGGAAAAUAAAAUUAAUUAACAUGUUCUAAGCUCUACGUAUAAUUUAUAUCGAAGUAACGCCUUUUCGAAGUCCACUCUAGCCACCCACUAGGUGAGUUGAUGGUACGACUGGUACUAUAAUAAUAAUGUGUUGACCCAGUCAUUCUCACAGACUUGCCAUCAGCAAUAAAAGAAGAUUUUCUUGUGUAUUCUUAUUGACAUGACCAUUAACUUGAGCACCAGAUACGAAAUAAAAAAUGAGAAAUUAAACAGACCACCUUGGUGUAAUAAUAAAUUUUAAAAAUGCCUAAUCAUGUCUCAAACCAACACAAAUCGAUUCAAAAAUGAAAAUUUCACAAAAAAUAUGUUGAAAUACCAAAAUUUUCUCAUAUUUAGAUGAUUUUUAUGAAUUAGAUUUGUUAUUUAGAUUAACCCUGUAUAUUUGAGUGUAAAAACACAAAUAACAACCCCUGUAACAAUCAAUCUAUUAUUAAAAAGAUCUCGAUAUCUGAGAGAAAUAAAUAUUUAUUAAUGAAACGUUGUAAACAACUUCAGAAUGAUUAUUUUUUUAUAUAUUCAAGAGAUUGAUAGUUUGGAUAUCGCCUUUGACAUCUGUGUAAAUUAAAUCGUCUAUUCCGAUCUAAUUUCAAUGAAACCCAUUGAUUUGUUAAAUUUUUUCCUGUCAAUGACUCUAUACGCGAACUAUUUGAAUUUUAUUUUUCUGUUAUUGAUCAAUAUUUAUUUUUAUUGUACCAGGAACGUUUAAAAAGGAUCUUCGAAAUUACAAACAUUAAAUGUUUUAGUAAAAUUUUAACGAUACCCCUCGUAUACGAUAAAAAAGAUUUAUCAUUUCCCUUUGUUUCGAAUUGACUAUUCAACUAACACAUUAGGAGUUGAACGUGAUCUUCAAGUUAUUUCAAUAUCAAAUUCACAGAAUUGGAUUCGUUGAUUUUUUCUAAAAAUAUUUUAAUCGAUUCGCAACAUUCAGAUUUAAAUUUAUUUUGUUUUAUCCCACGCCACUGGAUAAUAACGAACAGUUUCUACACUUUUUUAUCUUUACGCAUAUCAUCCAUAUAUUAUUUAUCUCUUUCUAUUGCAAGACAGUAAAUAACUCUAUCUCUUUCUAUUGUAACAUAGUAAAUAACUUAAUAGAUAAAUAGAGGAACAAUUGAAUAACAAAUUUAAAAAUGGCGGGUGUAUAGCUGCAUUCGUUAAAGAAAAUGAUUAUGGUUUAUUUCUUUUAAUUCUGAAGCAUAAUUCGCGAUUUGUAAUUUAUUAUUAUAACGUAAAAAUGCGAACGUUUAUUUACACGACAUAACUGAACCCGUUCAUCAUACCACAGUUUCCUUUCAACUUUGAAAUCAAUAUUUUAAACAGAUACACAAAAUGGAUGUCUGGAUAUCGAAUUUCGGUUUACUCUGUAGCUAUUUUUAGUAAAUAUGGCAUAAACAUAUUCAGGAAUUUAUGUUAAAUACGAUUGGCGAAGAAGAAAAAUGUUUGUUUAUAUUUUUUUCGUGAGGACGCAGAUGGUACAGUUUACGUUUAGUCUGAUAUUUAUAACGUUUUUUUUUAUAUUUUGCAAUAAUGUAUAUUUUUCAACAACUAUAAAUAGUUAUAUCAAUAAAUAAAAGGUGAUAUAUACGAGGUUUAUUUAUUAAAAAAAGUAUGCAUGUGUCAGUUAACUGUCAAAUAUUUAGCAUAAAAUUUCGAAUGUCUACCGUACCAGUUGUUAAACUAAUAUACAUAAUACCAAAAUAAAACAGUUCAUAUCACUUCGUAUUGGAUAUAAACGACAAAAGAUUUAUCAUUUCCUUUGUUUCGAAUUGACUAUUCAACUAACACUUUAGAAAUUGAACGUGAUCUUCAAGUUAUUCCAUCAAAUUCGCAGAAUUGAAUUCGUUGAAUUUUUCUAAAAAUAUUUUAAUCGAUUCGCAACAUUCAGAUUUAAAUUUAUUUUGUUUUAUCCUACGCCACUGGAUAAUAACGAACAGUUUCUACACUUUUUUAUCUUUACGCGUAUCAUCUAAAUAUUAUUUAUCUUUUUCUAUUGCAAGACAGUAAAUGACUCUAUCUCUUUCUAUUGCAAUAUAGUAAAUAACUUCCUAAAUAGAGGAACAUUUGAAUAACGAAUAUAUAAAUGGCGGCUGUAUAGCUGCAAAAAGAUUCGUAAAAAAAAUUAUGGUGAAUUUUUUUAAUUCUAAAUGUCUACUGUACCAGUAGAUAAACUAAUACACAUAAUAAUAUCAAAAUAAAACGUUUCAUAUCACCAAUCACAUUAUUUAAUAACCACAUCUCGUAUAUACAGAAAUAAUAAAAUGAAAAGUGUUUAAAUGUCUGUUCAUAAAUAUAACAUUUUUAAAAUAACGGGCAUCGAGCUAAUAGCUACUUCCUAAUUAAAACGUCUAGUAAACCUUGUACAUGACAUUUAUUUCAGCGAACAGCACAAAAUGUUUCGUCAACGAAAUCGCGUAAAACACCUGUUAGUAAGAUUGCGAAUAUUCAUAACCGAAUAAUUAUUCAAAACAUAGAUAAGAAAUUAAAUUCACAAUAACGAAAAGAGGUUAUAUCAACAUUUAAGAUAUAAAAUGACGAAAGCAUCCAUUAUAUCUUUGGAAGUUAAUCCAAAUAUUUUACUAUUACUUUAUUUGGUUUUAAUAUUAUACAAAGAACAUAAUUGAGUGUCGGGUGAUUCGUGAAAGUGAUUUCAACAUGGGACAUAAUAAGAGAAGCGUGAAAAAUAGAAUUAAGGAACUAGCCAAAGACGAAAUUAAAAUAAUACGGAAGGAAGCAGCGCUACGUUACACAGACACGAGCUGGCACAUUUUCAAUCAAAGCCGUAAAGUAUCCCCGCAAAAAUCGAAUACAUACGAAAAAUCUGAAAAUUUAGACGACGCUACUCCCUUAUUACCGACAGAUUCAAAUGAACCGUCAUCAAUAAUUAAAGAAAACCAACAAAAUUCAUUAGAAAAAUCGAAAGAAAUUAUUAAAGAUGUUAAUUCUUCGUGUAGUAGUCUUGUUUAUGAUCAAAUUCGAACGGAACAUGACGUGGAAGGGAGGACUACAACCGUGGAGGUAGCAUAUGAACAAGUGAAGAAUCAAGCUGAUAUUGUUUUGCAUGCUCACGAGGAAUCGAUGAAAACCGGCCAUGAGGUGAAUAAAAUGCUCCGAUCCACAUCGUGCAAUGGUUUCGGCGAGGCCCUCACGAGUCAACCGAGAUCCACGCGUGGAGGUGCAUCUACCAUGGAUCUCGGUUACGUUACCGAGAGGAUCAUCUCCAUGUGGUUCCCCUCAUCGGCGACGUCUCGUUCUUAUAGACAAGGACAACAGCAGGUCGCUCAUAUGUUGAAAAACAAACAUGGAGAUAAUUAUAUGGUUUUUAAUUUAUCGGAACCGAAACGUUCGUUGAGGAACGAACAUAAAAACGUCAAAGAAGUCGGUUGGGCUCCGAAUUUGGCGCCACCUCUGGAGAAGUUGUGUAGUAUGUGUAAAGAAAUCGAUUCUUGGCUUUCGGGAGAUAAACACAGAAUUGCGGUUUUGCACUCUAGGGGUAAUAAAGAUAAAUUAGGGGUAAUCGUUUCGGCUUACAUGCAUUAUUCUAGUAUUUGCGGUAACGCCGAACAAGCAUUAGAUCGAUUUUCAAUGAGAAAAUUCUUAGACGACACCGUCGGACCUCUAAUACUACCGUCUAAUAAAAGGUACGUGGACUAUUUCUCUGGAUUACUUUCCCAUAACAUCAAAAUCAAUGCGGCUCCCAUGUACCUUACGCACGUCACCGUUCUCGGAGCUCCGUCUUUUUGUCGCGGUGGUUGUAAGGCAUUUUUGAAAUUAUACGAGGGUCAUACGCCGAUCUAUACGUCGGGUGUUUAUUUCAUAUCGAACGGAGUGAGUCAAUUCACGGUGAACGUUUCCGGUGAAGGACGAAGGGGAUUACAACUAAGAGGCGAUAUUUUGAUCAAAUGUUACCAUCGAAGCGAUACCGGUCGGGAAAUUAUUUUCGCUUGUCAAUUCCACACGUGCGCAGUCUCAGAUCAUACUUUGAGUUUCACUAGACAAGAAUUAGACGGUGCUUGUAACGAUCCUAGAUUUCCUUUGGAUGGGGCAGUGGAGCUUCAUUUUUCCCCCGGUCCUGAAGGUAGACAUCCAGUACCGGCUCCUACACCUGCGGUACCUUUCACCCUAGCAGAUGAUCCAGUUACGAGGGCCGAUAGUCCGUUACUGAUCGAAGAUUAUGAUGAUUCUGAAGAAUAUGACGAAGACGACGUUAACCAUACUUUUGGACCACUAGACGGAAGUAUAUACGCCACGAUUGCAAAAAAAACGGAAUUAUCUCCGGGCGCUGUUUCUAGUCCAUUGACAGUGUCGAUGGACAGUGGCAUUUCUUCAGCAGGACAUCAUCCACAAAACGCCAACACCACCGCCUCUUCUGGUAGUCCCCCACCAACCGCCCAAACUUCCCCCCUCACUCCCGAAGAUCAACAUCGCGAACUCGACGAACUUCUCAGCGACAUGAUGCUGACGGUCCAGUCGAUUCCGGACUUGAAAACGUCGCCGAGCUUGACCAAUAACGGUCGAGAAGACGAAUUUAGAUUCAUCGACGACGAAGACGAGAAAAGCAUCCCUUAUCACGCGCGCCAAUCCAGCCAGCCCUUUAGUUACGGAAUCAAUGCCAACAUGAUCAGCGAAUCUAAAAGGCUCGCUAGCCCUUCGUUAGUGCGUAAAGUUAGCGGAAAAGGUAACGAAAAUAUUUAUAAAAGUUCACCAGGAAGUGAAAUUACUUAUAAAAGUUCACCAGGAAGUGACAGCAUUUAUAAAAGUUCCAUGAGUAACGAUGGAACGCUACGAAAAGUCCAAGCGCAAGUUUACCCCGAAUUCGGUACGAAAAUAAAUAAUUACCCGAAAAGCGACAAUAUUUUCCACACGAAUUCAACCCUCCAACCGAUAAAAAGCGAUUUUAGGGAGGAGUAUUACAGAGAAGAUGUCAGGAGAUAUGAUCCUUUGAAGAGGAGUUUAACCGAAGGGACGAUAAGGAGAAGUCCUGAAAAGAUUUAUAAACAUUCACAAUCUGUCGUUACAAGUCCUUAUUCGGAUACGGAAAGUCUGUCACCGCCCGGAGCUUUUAGAAACAACACCAAGUCACCAGAAUUUCACGAAACAUAUACCAACGGUACGAAUUUAACAUGGUUGCAACGUCAACAACAAAAACUCAAAGAACGUCGAGAAAUUAUCCUGAAGGAAGAACGGCAACCCCACGAAACUAGGCUUUUGUCGGAAUUAAGGAGCGUACAGUCGAGGCAUAUGCGUCCUACGGCGAGUCACCGACUCGACGGUUAUACUAGCGAUACGACAGCUUUUGCUGAUGACGACGAAGAUUACACGAUACCUCUGCAUAUAAAUACAAUGUCGAAAAAUGGCAGUACCACCCCUGGUUCGACGAGUAAUUACAGUACUUUGAAAUCCACUUACAGUACUACCUUGAAAAAUGAAAGACCUUUUGUUAGCGUGAAAAAAGCUCACGAAAGGUAUACGCAGAACGGCACACAGACCCCUGCGCAAAUACUGGCGGUUAACCCUCUGGGUGAAAUAAUCCGCCCUUCGUCGAGAAACGCGGAUCAACUAGACAAUGGUUUAUUAUCGUUAGCCGAAAAACAACAAUACAAAAACUACAAUCAACAACAACAACACACGGUGGGUAUCGAAAUAGCAACCAAUAAUUCACCAUCAACGGAAAAUAGAUUAUCUAUACCUAGAGACGGCGGUAGGUCGUCCACCGCCGAUCAUCGGGGAUUGUUCGUCGGACAAUCUUCGGAUGAUAGAGUGGGAGGCGUACCGUCUUUGGAUGGUGAUAGACUUGAAGCGCUCAAUGAUUUGAUUGCUAACUUAUCGAGCGGUUCUGACAAAUCUAACGACAGUCCUAAUAACAUUGCAUCGGCAUGGCAGUAUCAACGUGAAGAAUCCAUACAAUCUUGGAGAUCGCAAAUCGGAACCGAACCUGAUUCCAGUCCGUCGCACAAUUCAUCUCCUAGACCGCAAACUCCUGCAUUUCCGGUUCACGCCAGAACUCCGUACACGAACGCGUCAACUCCCACCGUACAAUUCGACAUACCUUCCGAACGACUACCACCAAAAAGUCCUACCACCCAACGAAGAUUGAGUUACCCAUCUUCAACUUUUAAAAACAAUGUGAAGUGGUCCCUUUCUCCAGAAAGAAAGGACCGACCGACUUCCCCAUCUGAUAUAACAAACACCGAAUACUCCCACACAAUAACCAAUCGCAGUAUUUCCGCGACCCCCACCUCAGGUUUCAGAGAAGAUUAUCAACACAGCCCCAAAAGUCCAACUUACAACGGCUCCUCCUCCCCCACCGUAUAUUACGGCACGACGUCGAGACGGAGUUCCACGACAUCUAACAACGAAUCCACUCACGAAGUUUCCGCGGCGAACGUUAAAUUCGUCAGAGAUACUUCGAAAUUUUGGUACAAACCUUCCAUCACGAGAGAACAAGCUAUUUUGAUGCUACGUGAUCAACAACCCGGUACGUUCCUAGUGAGAGAUUCUAAUUCCUUUCCAGGAGCGUUCGGUUUAGCUUUGAAAGUGGCUACUAUUCCAUCGAACGUACAAAACAAAAGCGUUUCGUCCGAUGAUUUAAUUCGACAUUUUCUCAUUGAACCUACGACUAGAGGUGUACGAUUGAAAGGAUGUCAAAACGAACCGGUUUUUAGUUCGUUAUCCGCUUUAAUAUAUCAACAUUCUAUCACACAGAUGGCGCUACCUUGUAGAUUGGUACUACCACAAGACGACUUGAGAUAUUCUGAUCAAAAUGGCGUUCAACAACAAUCCCUAUUUACUCAAGGAGCGGCUUGUAACGUGUUAUAUUUAUCAACAAUCGAAAUGGAAUCCUUAACAGGACCUCAGGCUAUUAAGAAAGCGGUGAUGCAGUUGUUCCAGAAGAAUCCGCUUCCGGAAACGGCGGUGGUGCAUUUUAAAGUUAGCGACCAAGGGGUUACUUUGACGGAUAAUAAAAGGAAAUUGUUCUUCAGGAAACAUUAUCCCGUUAAUAUGGUGUCUUAUUGCGGAUUAGAUCCCGACGAACAUAGGUGGUUGGUUAACUCCGAAGAUACGGGAGCUGCCAAAAGUUCCAAUCGAAUAUUCGGAUUCGUCGCCAGGAAGCAAAACGUCAACAAUCCCGAUAACCAGUGCCAUCUAUUUGCGGAAUUAGAACCCGAACAACCCGCGACGGCCAUUGUUAACUUCUUGAAUAAAGUUCUGACAUCCAGCGGCAUCAAACCGAAUAUUAUUUAAAAAAAAACAUCACAUGUUUCGUCACUCACAAAAAAAUUAAUUCCCUUGAUGUCACAUAAAGAAAAGAAGAAAAAUAAUAAUAAAAUGCCUAGUCCCUUUUUAUUUAAUAUAAUAUAUAUGAACUUUAUAUUAUAUAAGAUUUAUUUUUAUUUACAGUAUGUAUAUAUUUAAGAAAAAACUAAAAGCGUGCCUCAAUUUUUUUUAAUCGAGUUUAACAUAGAAAUAAUUACAUAAACUAAAAAAUUUAUCCAUUUUUCUAUGGUAAACUUAUUAUCAUUUCAUUUAUUUUCGUAUCCGGUGAAGUGCUUAAAAUAUUUGAAAUAUUAGCAACGUUCACGUCAAACAUUUUAUCAAAUAAAAAAAAAACGAUUCUACUGAAGCUGAAGUUUUUGUUAUGAAAAAUUAACAAAAAUCCUUUAAUUUUCGUUGAUUCAUACCAAGGUAUCAGUAGAGUGCCUGUAACCGUUACCCAUUCAACAAUCUCGUUAUUCGUUACCCAUAACCGAAACAACUCGACCUCUAACUCGAAUAGAGGCAUAAUAAAAUAAAAAAUUCCGCGCGCCAUCUACCGAUAACGUAAGCUUUCAACUAUAGAUACCUCCUAUAUGUAGAGAUGAGAAUUUGUUGACGUACACUCGCGGAUAUUUUUAAAUUAGUUGUCAAAUUAAAUGAUUGUAGUCGAUGACUGAGUACACUAACGCGUUCGCUUAAUCUCGUAGAAGAUCGGGGGUAUUAUGAAUCGCGAGAAUCCUUUUAUUAAAAUUUUGCUAAAUUAUUUUCAUUUGAAUUUUAAUUUGCUUUUUUAAUACAGCUUAUCGAGGUUUUUUCAUUAAAUAUUUUAAUAAAUAAAAAACAAA